GAAUCCUUCUUCCUCAACCAGCUCACAUCCACCAGACGAGCGAAAACAAAAUAAUAAUAAAAAAAAGAAAUAUUAAACAUGGAGAAACCGGCGGUUUAUUUUCUCCUUCUUCUGAUGACGGCGGCGACGUCGUCACUUCUGGUGGAAUCAAGCGACGACACGAACCACGUGUACAUUCCGUGUUCUGACACGAAAGUCCAGGUAUCGGACGGGUUCACGUUCGGGAUCGCGUUUGCAUCGAGGCAAUCAUUCUUCUUCAACAGCUCACUUCAGUUGUCUCCUUGCGAUCGCCGACUCUCUUUGUCGAACUCCAACUCUCGCGUCGCUCUCUUUAGACCCAAAGUUGAUGAGAUCUCUCUACUCACCAUCAACACCUCCUCUUUCUCUCCGGACUCAGUUGGUGGAUAUAUGGUUGCAUUUGCUGGUCGAAAAUAUGCUGCAAGGUCCCUGCCUACUUUCGUGGCAAACAGUACCUACACUGUUACAAGCUUCACUCUUGUGCUUGAGUUUACGAAAGGCAGGCUGCAAAACUUGUACUGGAAAAGGGAUGGAUGUGCUCAAUGUCCGGGAAAAUCAAAUUUUGUGUGCCUAAACAAGCAAGACUGUGCAAUCACCACAAACAGCUGCAAAAACCAUGGAGGGUCUGUCGAUUGCAGUCUUGGAAUACAGCUAGCAUUUUCUGGGACGGAUAAGCACCUUUCUGCUCUCAACUCAUGGUAUGAAGUGGACAAUCUUCGGCAAUACUCACUGUUCGGCCUUUAUUCUAACCUCAGAGACUCUCUCACCAGCCAGUAUAACAAGAUCUUUUAAUGGUGCUUCUGAUGGUUCGGCUGCAUCUUUUUUCUUUUUGGUAUGUUGUAAUCCUUUUUCCAUCUUUUAAAUUGCUGUUAUGUCUACAUCUAUCUUUGCUUCUAUUCCUUUGGGACAAAACUGCUGCUCUUACAGUUCAAAGAGAGUUAUGUGUGUAAAUUAUAUACAUUAGUAUUUUUGCGAUUACUCAUUGAGAUCUGAUUCAUAAGAAUAAAACAUUCUUCGUGCUAUUAAGCUUUUUAACCUUUGAUGUUGU